GUUUAUGUCUGGCCCAGUCUCAGCAAGGAUCGGGUUUCGGAGCACUACCAGUGUAACAAUGGUGGAGGAAAAUUUGCCAAUACACACGUUCACCGAAAUUCCGUCGCCGGAGAUAUUCUCUUCUCAGAUUGAACCCAAAAACAUCCCAGCGGUCUUCAAGGGAUGCAUAAAGCAUUGGAAAGCUUUCUCAAAAUGGAACCCGUCGGACGGUGGCCUAAUAUACUUGCAGGAACGCGUAGGUUCAGUAGUCGUGGAAGCUAUGCGGUCCAGAUCUGCACCCGUCUUUUAUGGUGAUAUUAGAGGCCAUGAAAGGGUCCCAUUGCAAUUCUCUACCUUUAUCGAAUAUUGCUUGUGCCUAUUGGAAAAUAGGGAUGGAAGGCGAGAUGCUUUUCUGGAAUCUCAGAAGCAUAGUCUUGCAGUAUCUGACACUGAUCAAGCUUUACUUUUUGGAGAAGCUCCUCAGCAAUUUUAUUUAGCACAGGUACCAAUUUUGAAUUUUGAGAACAAGGAACACAAGCAACUGGAGUGCCUUGGAGAAGAUAUUCAAACGCCUGUACCUUUGGAGACCAAAAGCCUGGCUUCUGUUAAUUUGUGGAUGAACAACAUGAAGUCUAGAUCUAGCACACACUACGAUCCGCACCACAACCUCUUAUGCAUAGUAUCUGGGUGCAAGGAAGUUACUUUAUGGCCCCCUUCUGCAACUCCAUACUUAUAUCCACUACCUCUGUAUGGGGAGGCUUCAAACCACAGCUCUGUUACUUUAGAAGAACCGAACCUUUCGGUCUACCCAAGGGCAGCAUGCCUAAAUGGCUUUUCACAAAAGGUUGUUCUUCAUGCUGGUGAUGCCCUGUUCAUUCCCGAGGGAUGGUUUCAUCAAGUGGAUAGUGAAGUACUAACCAUCGCUGUUAACUUCUGGUGGCGGUCCAUGACAAUAUCUGGCAUGUUGGAGCAUAUGGAUGCAUAUUAUCUGCGUAGAAUACUAAAAAGAUUGACUGAUAAGGAAAUGAAUAAGAUGCUGCAUUUUCCUUCAAGUAGUAUGGAUAAAACUAUGACUUGUACGACUUCCCAGCCUAAUGAUGCAUACGGAGAUCAUGGAGAACAGAGAAUCAGCACGAAUUGUGGCGACGGGAGUUCAAAUGAUGAGCUUAGGUCAAAAGUGGUGCUGCAAGAUUUGGAGCCAUGUGUAUCACAGUCUCUAAAAGAACUUAUUUCUUUGGUCCAUGACCGUCUCAAUCCUAGCAAGCCGACGGGAUUGGAGUAUACAGAUAAUUCUUCUGCUAAGGAGAAUGAUGAGACGAAUAAAAGAAAAGAGGACUUAUGUAGCAUCAACGAUGAUCCAGUUGCUAAUCUUAUUUUAACUCUUCAUCCACUUACAAUCCAGAGUGUCUUUCUUGCAAUGGCGAAAGAUUUUCCAAGAACACUGGAGGCCUUAGUACUGCAUGUACUCACUCCUGUUGGAUCAGAGAUCCUCACUCGAAAAUUUGAAGAGAUGGAUCAGCUAAUUUCAGGAGAAGACCAGAACGAAUUCUACCGGAUCUUUUAUGGCGUUUUUGAUGACCAGUCUGCCGCAAUGGAUUCACUUUUGAAUGGCAAGGAGUUAGUUGCUCGUCAGGCAUUUGAAAAUGUGCUCGAUCAGUACAUGGGAAUUAAUCUUGAUGGGCCAAAACCAGCAGCCAAAUAGGUUACCAAGCACUUCAAUGAGAAUAUCGGUCCCUUUCAAAUUGGAUUCACGACGGAGUCCUUUCCUCUCCACCCUUUCCUCUUCAUUUGCUGCUGUAACCCUAAAUUACUGAGGUCUCUACAAAAUUUAGCUGCCAUUUAUUGCGUGCUUUUGUAGAUUCUCUGCAACAUAAUUUCAUAUUGAAGUUCAGAUUUUUCCUGUUUAUAUUGUUUAAUGCCUAAAAUAUUUUGGAUUAGAGAGUUGCGUUCUUUAGAAGUGAUUCUUUUAUCAAGGGAAAUUCUUGAAAUGGCAUUUUCUGCCUUUUGUUUC